GGUUGGGAGGAUUGCUCAAACAAACUCAUGUAAGGCUGAGUUCAGGAACCUCAGUGGCAUCCUUUAGCACUACUGUCCCUCGCUCUUAUGCGUCUUGACUAUUGUUGGAGACCCUCUCAUCCUUUCCGGAAGCGAAAACACACAUAAUAUUACUAUGGACAGGCUCAUACAAUCGGCUCUCGCAGCUCUCGCACUUGCGACGCUUGUACACUUGGCUCAGGUCAUAGCACGGGCGUAUAACAGCGAUCUCCGUCGCAUUCCAGGCCCGGUACUGAACAGGUUCACCACGCUUCCGCUGAAGCUUCGAGUCUUGUCUGGGAGACGGACACAUUAUAUUCAUGCACUCCACAAGAUCUAUGGCCCAGUCGUGCGGAUAGCGCCCUUCGAGGUCUCUUUUUCCGAUAUGAGGGCUCAUCGUGAGAUCCAUAAGGUUGGGACGCAGUUUAUCAAAGCUCCAUGGUACCAGAACCAGAUGCCAGGCCAGCAUUCAGACGAGCUUACCGGCGUGUUCGGUGUUCGAGACCCGAAAAAGGCGAUUGCACGGAGGAAGCUCUUCCAGAUGGCAGGUUCAUUGACCACGGUCCUCGAAUGGGAGCCGUUGAUCGUCGACAUAAUCAAGCAGACUGUGCAAGAGAUCAAGCAAGAAGGCCGUCAAGGAGUUGUUGACCUUAUGAAGUGGUGGCAACUGAUGGCAGCGGACGUCGUGGGCACACUGGCCUUCGGCGAGCCUUUUCGGCUUGUCGAAAAGGGUCAGAAAUCGGAGUUCAUAGAGAACGUUGAGGCAAGCACGCUGUACGUGGGGCUGAGGUUGGAGCUGCCCUGGAUUAUGAAUGCUUUUCAAUAUAUUCCGCUACCUCCAGUAGGUCGUCCGGCGGAUAUGCUCAAGCGAUAUGUCUCGAACGGGCAGAAGGCCGUGCAGAAUUCGAAAGCCGCAGCGAAGGGCGGUAUCAAGACACUUUUCUCGAAGAUGGUGCCCGAGGAAGGUGAAGCACCGCUGCCGGACUUUCUCGUAGCUAUAGAGAGCGCAAACGUGAUUGUAGCUGGGACGGACACAACUGCAACGUUGCUAACCUGGCUUGUCUACGCUGUACUGAAGAACCCCAGCGUCAAGCGAAGACUGCUCGACGAGUUAGAUUCCUGUCCUCAAGCUCCAGACUGGGAGAUUCUCCAAGCGCAAACAUAUAUGCAGAAUGUCAUUGCGGAGACACUCCGUUGGAUGCCACCUAUUCCUGGGCCGCUAUUCCGUCAAACGCCCGCAGGCGGCGCAGUCCUGGCUGGUUACGCUAUUCCGGGCGAGACAGUCGUGGAAACGCAGGCUUAUACAAUGCACCACAACCCCGAUGUUUGGGAGGAUCCAGAUAACUUUAACCCUGAUCGAUGGAACCAUGUCACCCAGGAAAUGAAGGAUUCGUUCUUCCCAUUUGGCGGCAAUGCAAGGACCUGUGUUGGCCAGAACAUUGCUCGACUAGAAAUCGUCCACGCGGUCUCGACCUUCUUCCGCGAGUGCCCAGACGCCAAACUUGCAGACUCGGUGACGUCGGAGAGCAUGGACUUCAUCGACUACUUCGCGAUCAAGCCUGUAGGUGGGAAGCUGGAGAUUGACUUAACGUAGAACAAGUCUCGGAAGAUGGAAGUGGUCGUAUCCACUAUACUCUUGAUGCAGGUAUUGUUAAGCGUCUCAAGGUCCAUAGCUCCGCGCUACACCGAUACAGAUAAAGGCCGAGAUUUCAGCGAGAGUU